AUGGCAGUAGCUGAAAAUCUAUUUCCUACAAAAAGAAACAUUUUUGAAUCUAUCUGUUUAUCUCCAAGAACGGUAACAAGAAGAGUAGAAGAAAUGUCAUUCGAUUUAAAUAACUCUUUAAAAAACAUUUUUGGGAAUUUCAAAUAUUUUUCUAUCGCAUUGGAUACUAGUACUGACAGAAGAGAUAUUUCUCAACUUGUCAUAUUUGUUCGAGGGAUAACUGAAGCAUACCAAAUUUUUGAAGAAUUUGUCAAAGUUAUUCCAAUUAUGGGUACAGUGACAGGAACCGACGUUUUCUUGCAUUUAAUGCAACUUUUAACAGAAUUAAAUCUUCCACUUUCAAAAUUAGUUGGAGUUACAACAGACGGGGCUCCAUCUAUGGUUGGGAACAAAAAGGGAACUAUUACAUUACUCCAAAAUGAAAUGGAAAAAUUUGGAAUUGAGCACAAUUUGGUUAAGAUUCACUGUAUUGUUCAUCAAGAGGCGUUAGUUGCCAAAUCAGUCAGGUUACGUGAGACAAUGGAUGCUGUUGUUAAUGCAGUAAAUUUUAUUUUAUCCCGCGGCUUGAAUCAUCGGCAUUUCAGGCAAUUUUUAAUCGACACUGAAGCAGAAUAUGGGGAUCUUUUAUAUUUUUGUAAUGUCAGAUGGCUUAGUAGAGGAUCAAUGCUCAAAAGGUUUUUUCAUAUACGGGAAGAUGUUAUAAUUUUUCUUGAAGAAAAGAAUUAUGAUGCUUCAUAUUUCCGAAAUACUGAUAAUAUUUCCAAAUUGGCAUUUUUUGUAGACAUAACUUCACAUCUAAAUGACUUAAAUUUGAAACUGCAGGGAAGUAAUAAAUUUAUACACCAAAUGUAUGCCGAAAUUACUGCUUUUGAAAAUAAAUUGAAGUUGUGGGAAUUACAGUUACAAAAAGGAAACAUGACGCAUUUUGUGAAUUUUCUUUCUACGAAUCCGACUGAUGUUCCGGAAUAUGCAAACAUAGUUAUGGAAUUGAGAUCAGAAUUUUCAUCACGUUUUAUGGAUUUAAGAGUAAAAUGCGCAUAUAUAAUUUUUUAG